AUGGUUAUGGCUUCCCUUCAUCCAGAUCAGCCGGCACCCGCCGCCUUGCAUAGCAAUUGGGUCGUCCAAAAGUUUGGUGGCACGAGUGUGGGCAAGUUCGCUUUGAACAUUAUCCAGCAGGUUGUCGAACCCAGUCUCAUCGAUAACCGUGUCGCUGUCGUCUGCUCUGCCCGAAGCAGCUCUACCAAAGCCGAAGGCACCACAAACCGGUUACUGCGGGCAGCCCGGGAUGCGGAGAACUCCCGUUCACGGCAAUAUGAAGUCCUAGUUGAAGCCGUCCGCCUAGAGCACACGCAAGUGGCUCAGGAGCAAUUAAAAUCCGUCGACCUGAAAGAGCAAGUGAUAUCAGACAUUAACAGCGACUGCUCCCGAGUCCUAAAAGUCCUCGAAGCGGCCCAAACCCUCGGCGAAAUCAGCGCCCGCUGCGUCGACAAAGUGAUCAGCACCGGCGAAAAACUAAGCUGCCGCCUCAUGGCCGCCAUCCUCCAAGACCGCGGCGUCGACUCGCAAUACGUCGACCUCUCCGAAAUAAUCGACUUCCCCAUCGGCGCCCAAGGCCUCGACCAAACAUUCUACAACUCCCUCGCCGCGGCCCUGGGCAAGAAAGUCGCCGAGUGCGGCCACCGUGUCCCCGUCAUCACGGGCUACUUCGGCACCAUCCCGGGCGGCCUCUUGGACCAGGUUGGCCGGGGCUACACAGACCUCUGCGCCGCACUCGUCGCUGUCGGAACUCACGCCAAGGAACUCCAAGUCUGGAAAGAGGUCGACGGUAUCUUCACAGCCGACCCGCGCAAGGUCCCGACAGCACGACUCUUACCUGCAAUCACGCCCUCCGAAGCCGCAGAAUUGACCUUCUACGGCUCAGAAGUCAUCCACCCAUUCACAAUGGAGCAAGUAAUCCGCGCCCGGAUCCCAAUCCGCAUCAAAAACGUCAUGAACCCACGCAACAAGGGCACAAUCAUUUUCCCCGACUCCCCCGCCGAACUGGAACGCACGCCGGGCCACGACCCGCGCCUAUUCCGCACGCGGAGCCCAAGCCUGGUGCAGAAGCCCAAGCGUCCCACAGCCGUGACGAUCAAGCACAAGAUCCUGGUUAUAAACGUGCACUCUAAUAAGCGCUCUCUCUCGCACGGGUUCUUCGCGGGCAUUUUUUCCGUGCUGGAUAAAUGGCGGUUGUCGAUUGAUCUUAUUUCGACGAGCGAGGUGCACGUUUCGAUGGCGCUGCAUUCGGAGGCGCCGCUGCUGAAUGGGAAUGGGAGGGACGAGUAUCAGGUCAUUGACGAUGAUUUGAAGGGGGCGCUGAAUGAUCUGGGUAAAUACGGGACUGUUGAUAUCAUUCCGGAGAUGGCGAUUUUGAGCUUGGUUGGCAAGCAGAUGAAGAAUAUGGUUGGGGUUGCGGGGCGCAUGUUCACCACCCUUGGAGAGAACAAUGUGAACAUUGAGAUGAUUUCGCAAGGUGCGAGUGAAAUCAACAUCUCCUGCGUCAUCGAGGAGCGCGAUGCCGACCGCGCUCUUAAUAUCAUUCACACCAGCAUGUUCACUUUCUUGGACUGA